AUGGAGUCUCUGCGUGGUCGACGGGCGCACGAGGGAGCGUCGGUUUCAGUGAGCGGCCAAUUUCAUCUCGCACGCAAGUCGAAGCGGUUUGAAGCCACGUUGAACGUUGUAACGAUUCUGACGCGAGCUUUACGUCCAAUACAGGUCCCGCCGGAAGCGCCCCUUGGGAAGGGUUGCCCAAAGGGUUCGACCUCACCGCAGAUUCCACCUAGUAAAGCAUCAGAGAGACUUUCGUCGUUCAACGGAUCUCAUGAUUGCUUCGACAGCGUUGACGUCCUCCUGCGAUCACAUUCGGUUGUGACGGGCAGGGACUCGGACGCGAGCGCUUGA